AGACUGAAGACCCUCGUGGGGAGCGAAUUGCUGCGCAGCGUUUCGGCAAAGACUGUGGAGGAUUAGAGGACUAGAGUAUUAGGGAACCGAGAGGAAGACAGAGAGAGAGCUCGAGAUGAGGCACAACCUGGUUGCCUACCUGUACUACCUGGUGCGGGACAUGUACGCCGAGCAUGGGGAUCCCCGCGUGGCGCACCUGCCGCUGGUGGGCAAUCUGUGGAUCGUGUUGGGUCUCCUUGGACUGUACCUGGCCUUUGUGCUCCACUACGGACCCCGCUGGAUGGAGCACCGCGAUCCCUUCGAGCUGAAGCGCGUGAUGCAGGUGUACAACUUGGUGCAGGUGGUGGCCAAUGGCGUGCUGUUCGUCAUCGGGCUGACCUACACCUACCUGCAGCCCACCUUUAGCUGGACCUGCCAGGGAGUUGACCACGCGGACACCUCGCCGCAGAUGAUGAUGACGCUGUACGCCUCGUACGGAUACUACAUGCUCAAGUACCUGGAUCUGCUGGAUACGGUGUUCAUUGUGCUGCGGAAGAAGAACUCGCAGGUGAGCUUCCUGCAUGUCUACCACCACGGCGGCAUGAUCUUCGGGGUGUCCAUCUUCAUGACCUUCCUGGGCGGUUCACACUGCACGAUGCUGGGCGUGAUCAACCUGCUAGUGCACACAGUCAUGUACGCCUACUACUAUGUGGCCUCGCUGGGCGCCCUGAAGCAGCUGCUGUGGUGGAAGCGGCGGAUCACCCAGCUGCAGCUGCUGCAGUUCGGAUACCUCACCUGCCACUUCCUGCUGGUGAUCGUGCGGAAUCCGUGCCAGUUCCCCGUCUUCAUCGCCUUCAUCGGCUUCAUCCAGAACAUCUUCAUGUUCUCCAUGUUCUUCGACUUCUACUACAAGACCUAUGUGCGCAGGCAGCGGAAAGUCACCCCCGAGUCCCAGUUGAAAGGCAGCUGAGCCGCCGAGUCGAGCUGAAAGUAUAAAGUUCAAGUUCAAGUCGCACCAUUUCCAUAUUAAAUUGUGUAAUAAGCGGUCGGUCGCUUAUGCAAAUGGGCUCCGAUCGAACCCAAGCUGCCUGGUAUAAAUAAACAUUAGGAUUGUGCCCUACCCCUCCGCUCCAUCGCCA